AGAAGUUGUGUCCUUUUGGUGAUCCGAUCCGAAUGGGGGGCGGGGGUGCAAAAUGGCGUUUGUGAUGUCGGGAGGUAAGAGGCGACGGGUGGGCAGAAUCAUCCACAACCAGUGUCUAGUAAGCAAGUAAAGACUAAGACAAGUCUCCAGACGGUGACCGUGUUUCUGCCUCAACACAUUACUCAAUCUCAGUCUGCCUCUCUGGCAAUAGUUUGGAAACGGAGAAAUCCUUUGCAGGUUUAAUAAACUGCAAGUUAAAAGCAAUUGGGCAUUUUCUCACUGAACCUACACUUCAGAGAAAGUCAUCAGGAGAUGCCCUCCAUCUGGGCAGAAGCAAUGGCAGUGUUGCCACCUAAAUUAGAGGAUAUGAACUUGGAUUUCAGCAAAAUGGUGAAUGAGAGCCUUAUUUUCUUAUUAAGGCAGACAGCAGCAUUACUUUAUGAAGGCCAGGACAUUGGCAAAUGUCUGCAGCUCAGUCAGACCAUCAUAGACUUCUCCUGGGAGAAGCUCAACAUUGGAACUUGGAGGGAUGUGGACAAAGAGUGGAGAAGAGUCUUUUCAUAUGGCUGUCUCUUUAAGGCUGUGUGCCUGUGCAAGGAGGAGUCAGCGGUUAGAGAAGCAAUCGAAACUUGCGACAGAGGAUUGUUGAUGGGGAUGGCCAUAAUGGACAACAUUCUCAUCAGACUGGUUAAAGUCCUUCAGAAUCACAAUAAUCCAAAGAAGAGGGCUUUAGAAGAUGUUGGAUCCAAUCAGAAUUCAAGCCAAAAGAGACUGCAGGUUGCUCUCCCUUUGACAAAGGAGAUCCGAACUGGAAUGGAAGUUCCAAGGGUCCGUUGUCCUUCACUGGAACAUUUCAGAGCUCAGUAUCUCAUUCCACAUAAACCUGUCAUACUACAGGGCAUUGUUGAUCAUUGGCCUGCUGUGAGAGACAGCAAAUGGAGUGUGGAAUACAUCCAUGAGAUCGCAGGCUGCCGCACUGUCCCUGUAGAACUGGGCUCCCGCUACACUGAUGACAAAUGGUCCCAGACUCUGAUGACUGUGGGCGAGUUCAUUGACAAGUACAUACUGCAUCAGGAAGAGGGGAGCCCCAUAGGAUAUCUAGCUCAGCAUCAGCUGUUUGAGCAGAUCCCAGAGUUGAAGCAGGAUAUCCAAAUACCAGAUUACUGCUGUCUAGGUGACACAGAUGAAGAAGAGAUCACCAUAAACGCCUGGUUUGGGCCAAUGGGAACAAUUUCUCCUCUGCACCAGGAUCCACAGCACAACUUUCUGACACAGGUAGUGGGACAGAAAUACAUCCGCCUGUAUUCACCAGAACAAAGCCCAAAGCUGUAUCCCCACCCAACACAACUCCUGCACAACACCAGCCAGGUGGAUGUGGAACAACCAGAUUUGGUGAAUUUUCCAGAGUUUGAAUUGGCUGAUUUCCAGGAAUGCAUCCUGAGCCCUGGAGAUGUCCUUUUUAUCCCAGUCAACUACUGGCAUUACGUAAGGUCUUUAGACGUCAGCUUCUCUGUCAGUUUCUGGUGGUCCUGAUCACUGCUCCUGGAAUGUGGAACAUCAAUGGGGGAAUGGUGUGUGAAUUCUAAAGCUCAAGGUGAAUGCAUCAGCAAUUGACCUCACACAGGAAGACAUGCAGACUGAGCAAAAGAUCGGGAGUGAUGCUGGAUGGGAACUGCAGAAAGUUGCACGACCAGUGAGGGAAAGGAAGCUGUGUACAGGCUUUUGAUCAUUACUGUACCAGUAAUCAAAAAAAAUUCUCAGUGCAGCUGCCAACAGCUUCCAGAUUAUACUACAGUUCAUUGUCAGGAGCAACUCAGCGCAGUGCAGCUGAUCUGAUUACCUCUGGGUGGAGAUUUCUACAAGACUAACAAUCCCUUACGUUCAGUCCCACCUCCAGGCAGCUGCUAGACCAGAGUGAAUAAGGAAGGUUACAAAGACGGGCAAACCCAAAGGCUUUUGAAGACUAUGAGAAUUUUAAACUGUAUCAUUAGGUUUAAGGCAAAGCAUUUUUCAUUUGAUCAAUCAAAAUUAAAGGCAAAGCAUUUUCAAGUAUUCAAACAUAUUGGUAUUUUGUUAUUGUGUAAAGCAGUGAAUAACUUUCUUCUAGAUAACUUGACAGGUCUGUUCAGAAUGCAGCAAAACCUUUUUUAUGGACGGGUGAAGGAAAAUAUCUGUAUCUGACAGCAUCUGCAGUCUCUUGUGUCUCUCUGAAAGAAAAUGAUACUCCCACUAAGUGAGGAGAAAUAGUUUGAAUCCAGAGGAUUUCCUAAGGCUCCUUAACCUUCCCACACUGUGUGGAUUCAGGAUGAAUUGCUGCCGAAUUCAUCCUUCUCACUUGUACCAGCAUCAUGUGCUGGUGAGUUCCAUGCUAGGUCUCCCACUGGAGGCACUACAGUGUGGUCUUUCAUGCUGGAAUUGUUUGAGGCAUUGCUACCAGCUGGGAAUAUCUCAGCCUUGAUUCCUUGGCGGAUGAAUCCCAUCAUUCCCCUGCUCACCUGGAUGUAGAAGUUUCCCUCCCUCAGUGAUCAAGGAGUGAAGUUCCCUCCUCAGGCAGCAGAUUCACUGAUGUAUCAGCUCGCAGCAAGAGACUGGUGAUACUCCUUCUCACACAACAACAGUGACAGCUGCAGUAUUUUGACAUGUGAAACAGUUUGGAAUAUUUUGAGACUUUCAAGGCCUUCAGUAAGCAAAACCUUGCUUCACAUUGUGGCAUGAAUUGUGUUUGGGAGAGGGGAAACACGAAGAUGGUAAUGAGGUUGGUGUUGGAUUUGUUUUAUCGUACUGCUGUAAAACGUGUACCACAAUAGUGCGGGUGUUUGAGAAUAUUUGAGAAGUGAUAUAAGAUUACAAGAGGCAUAGAUGGGGUGGAUUGUCAAAGAUUUCAUGGUAGGGGUAUCAAAAACAAGGCAUAGGUUUAAGGUGAGAGGGAGGAAUUUUAAGCAAGGCAUAGAAGGAUAUGGUUCUAAUGUAGGCAAAUGAGAUUAGUGUAGCUAGGUAAAAAGGUAAGCAUUCAUAUGGUGGACUGAAGGGCCUUGUUCCGUGCUGUACAUUAAAGGGCCUUAAUGUUUGUACAAGAAUUUGCUGCUCUGGUUAUCUAUAGGCUCUUUGUGGGUUAUGUUGUAGUAAUGCUGCCUCAGGGAGCUCUGCACAUUCUCUGACUUAAUUUGUCUGUUGUAAUUGGGCAGUUAAUAUAAGAAAUACAUGUGGUUUAAAGUAAGGGUACCAGUAAGAACAGGAGUGUUAAAACAGACACUGGUAUAAAUACUCAAUCGAUAGACACGAGUUCAUUAUCACCAUUAUGUCCUGUGCCCAACACACUGAUCUAUGAGUAAGAAUAAAAUCAAUUACAAUCUGAGCAAAUAAACAUUAAACAGUGCAAAUUUCUACAGAGCUGUAAACCAGAAUUAAAGAGGUGGAAGCUCAAGCACAGAAUAGGAGCUUUAUACAGAGGAUAAAGAGAUAUCAUUUUGCACCAAGACUUUGAGCUGAUCUCAACAAGGGCAGCUUUGUGUUCAAAGUUCCUGGAUAAGGAGAUGGUGAGAGUGAGGACACAAUUGGCACAGAUUAGAGUGAGGAGAAGCAGGUUAUUUGGCCAAGUUCACAGUAAGAGCAACUAAUAGAACGAGUGCGAGUUAAAUUUUACUGUACAAGUGUGGUCUUCUGUCCAACCACAAGGCCAAAUCCAGUAACUGAAAUUGACAUUUGAAUCCAGUGUAGACAAAAGAAAUUCUAUCCCUGCCAACUAAGUGAGGUUGGAUCAAUCUAACUGAUGGCUGCUCAAAGAAUUUGUUCAUGAGGUGGAAUUUGGUGCAUUAUUGUGCAUUUAAAUAGGUAAUCAACCUGAGCUACACCAGCCAUGGGGACAGUUUAUGAUUCAGAGAACAUCAGUCUUUACACCAGUGGCCUUCAAGUGCUUUCCUUCAGUAAUUUUUUUUUCAGAUCCAAAUGCUUAUUGGUUAUUUCCUAUAUAUCUAUGAUUGUGAACCAAAAUACCUCAUUACAAACCUGCUAAUAUUGAUUUGAAUACAUUUGCAGAUAACAUGAAACUCAAAUGUAGUAAAAGUUAGUAUACUAAGACUUCAGAAUGACAUUGUCUGGCCUCCACCCAUUUUACAAGUCAAUUUGAUCUAAAGCAGAGAAAUGAGAUGUGAUUGACUCUGAUGGCAAAAAUGAGCAGGUAAGAAUGCUUGGCUUUGAAAAUAGUGUGUUAUGGAGUAUAGGAGGAUAUUUCUAAACUGUUAAGAAGUAUCAAUCAAGCCAAUCCUGGCACCACAUUUUAGGAAGGAAUGUUGAGGCUUUAACAAGUGUUACAGAUGAGAUUUGCCAUGACAAUAGGAAAGGUUUAGAGGGAUAAUGGGCCAAAUGCAGGCAGCACCUUGGUUGGCAUGGAUAAGUUGGACUUGUUUUCCAUGCUGUAUCACUCUAUGACUCUAAUACUGCUAACAAUCUUGUUUCUCCUGUGCUCAGCUCAGAACUACUUUCAUUUAAAGAAUCCAUUUCUCUAUUAAAAGUUGCUAAUUAAUGAAAAGCAGACUGUGAUUUUAACAUUGUUGGGAAAUACUAGUUGCUGAGCAGUCACUAAAUGAAUAUCAGUUAAGAUAGAGGUGUGGCGACUCACUGUUUAGUCAGGCGAACCGGCUCGGCAGUCGGGUAGCGCGGCGUCGGAGCGACGAGGCCCAAGGUGGUGGCGGGCCUCGUCUUUCCGAGCGACGGGGAGAACCCACGCACGGGAAAGUCUUGAUGACGUAAUACUUACGUCAUUGCUGGUUUCAUUGGGCGGGAACAGUCUCCCUUAAAGGGCCCGCGCAAGGCGGGAAAAUAAACCAGUUCUUGUUCGGCA